AUUUUUUAAAAAAGAAAAUUUAAAUUCUGUGCCUUUUGACAUCAAAAAAACUCUGCUAAAAAUGACUGGAAUAAAUAAUAACCAACAAGAAGUGUCCGAAUCGCAAACAAAAAAUAAAAGAGAACAACAACAAAAUUCGGAAAAUGAAAGGACUGAGUCUAUUUGCACAGAGGAGGAAGCUUUGGAUUAUAUGGUGGCUAUUCCUGAAACUGAUGGAGAGUCAAUUUUUAGUUUGAGGAAACUUUGGGCAUUUACUGGGCCUGGUUUUUUGAUGAGCAUUGCUUAUUUGGAUCCAGGAAAUAUCGAGUCAGAUUUGCAGUCUGGAACUGUUGCUAGAUACAAACUUCUUUGGGUACUUCUGAUGGCUCAUAUUCUUGGAUUUUUUUUGCAGCGGUUAUCGGCUCGUCUGGGUGUUGUUUCAGGGAAAAAUAUGGCGGAGAUGGCCUACGAAUUCUAUCCAAAAUUUCCACGUCUCCUUCUCUGGUCAAUGAUUGAAAUUGCAAUUAUAUGUUUAAUUCCUCUAUUUGUUGGUGUUUUAAUCACCAUGGUUGACACCUUCACUUUUUUACUUAUUGACCGUUACGGGUUUCGAAAAUUGGAAUUUAUUUUUGCUCUUUUAAUUGCUACAAUGGCUAUAACUUUUGGAUUUGAGUUUUUUGUUGUAAAACCAGACAUUGUUGAUUUAAUUUCUGGCACUUUACUUCCUUAUUGCCCCGAUUGUGGCAGAAAAGAAUUUUUGCAAGCAAUAAGUGUUGUUGGAGCAGUUAUAAUGCCACAUAACCUUUAUUUGCAUUCCGCUUUAGUAAAAAGUCGAAAAAUUGAUAGAAGUCAACGCAGAAAUAUUUCAGAAGCAAAUCUUUACUAUUUUAUUGAAUGUGUAAUAGCUCUAACUUGUAGUUUCUUCAUCAAUCUUUUUGUUGUUUCUGUAUUUGCACAUGGACUUUAUGGAAAAACGAAUGCAGAUAUUUUCAAAAGCUGCGAGGGCCAAAGCACAAUUCCCGAUAGACAACUUUUUCCAAACAAUACAGACCCUGUAGAGGCUGAUAUUUACAAAGGAGGAAUUUUUCUUGGCUGUCAAUUUGGAUUAACUGCUCUAUAUGUUUGGGGUGUUGGAAUUAUGGCUGCUGGUCAGAGCAGUACAAUGACAGGCACAUACGCUGGUCAAUUCACCAUGGAAGGCUUUUUACAAAUCAAAUGGCCCCGUUGGAGGAGAGUUUUAUUUACCCGUUCAAUAGCAAUUGUGCCAACAUUAUCGCUUGCCUUAAAAACCCAAGGAGUGCAAAAUUUAACGGGUAUGAAUGAUUUAUUAAAUUGUGUCCAAAUGAUUCAAUUACCUUUUGCUUUAUUACCAAUAAUUACAUUUACUGCACAUCGAAAAAUAAUGUUUGAUUUUUGUACAACAUUAACUGGACAAGUAUUUGCAUUUUUUACUUCACUUUUAGUAAUUGCAAUUAAUUUAUAUUUUUCUUUUGAUUAUAUAAUGGCUGAAUUAGAGGGAACUUGGAUGGCUUGGAUAAUGUUAAUUGGCCCUGGAAGUAUUUAUAUAACAUUUGUUUUGUAUUUGAUUAUUACGGUUUGUUUAAAAUUUAUUUUUAGAGUUCAUAGUGAAAACGCCUAUUCGCGAUUUUCUUAUGCAAAUGUGCAGCUGCGUAUGUACACUCUCACAUUGUGUUUAACAAAAAUCCGGAAAAGUCCGGUGGUGAAAUGGGGAGCAUCAGAGAAAGAAGUGGCAAAAUGUGCUGUCAGCUUCUUUAUAACGCGAUUCUUUUUUCGGGACUUUUCCGGUUUUUUAUUAGGCACAAUGUGAGAGAAUAUACGCUGCUGCACAUUUGCAUAAGAAAGACGGUAAUUCUUCGGUUCGUACC